CUUCUUUCCCUUGUCACCGCUAACGACCAGCCAAACACACCAAUCCAACCACUCCCGUCUCUCACUUCACAUCGACAUGGCUUCCAACCCGCAGAUGGAUGCCCUCCUCAAAUGGUCGGUCGAGAACUCAAAUGAGUCGGGCCCAUCAGCCGCCGAGAUCGUCUCGGACGUGCAAGCAGGGAAGCGGCCCGACCUGGACCCCAAGGUGCUCGAGGCAAUGAUGGGAAAAAGUGAAGCGCAGAUGAUGACAGAAGAGCUUCGAUCUGCGCUCGACACCUCACGAUCAGUAGACGACAGAGAGACGGCUUUGGACAACUUUGAGAUGCUCAUCGAAAGCAUCGACAAUGCCAACCUUAUCAGCACUAUGAAGAUGUGGCAACCACUUCUGGGCUUGCUGGCAACUGAGGAUGAGCCCAGGCUGCAAUUGGCUACGCUGUGGAUCUUGGGAACGGCGGUUCAGAACAAUCCGGCGGCGCAGGACGCUCUCCUCAACGCCAGCGGGCCAGGGCAGGAGCACUCUCUCGACACCAUUCUGUCUCUACUCCGCAACAGCCCAGACAUGGGGGUGCGCGCAAAGGCAAUGUACGCCAUCUCCGGCUUGCUGGGACACCACCCACGCGCAGUCAAGGAGUUUGAAGCGAGAGGGGGCUGCGAGGCACUCAAGAGCGCUUUGUGCGAUCCUAGCAUCAACCUGAGACGCAAGGCUGCCUUCUUCAUUACGGCGCUGCUGAAUCAGGAUGACUCUGAGGUACAGAGGGAGGCGAGCAGACCCUUGAUGAUCGGUGGGCCUGCGCCAGGCUCAGCACCAUCACCCGCUCCAGCCGCAGCUCCAGUCUCAAGAGCAACGGGUCUCGCCCCAGCUCCCAACAGUGCCGCCCCUUCAUCGACCGGCCCCGCACCAUAUGAGAAGCCCCCUGUCACAUCAACCGCAGCCUCAGGCGUGGUACAUCCCUCAAUCCCGACCGCGCUCAUCCGCUCCGGUCUCCUUCAGCUACUCCUCGCCUCGAUUCUUCCCUCGGACUCUGUACCAGCAAAUUUCACGCAGGAUGCUCACCCUGCCGAGCUAGGACCUGAUGGGGAUGCGCAGGAGGCGAGGGCGGAUGAAGAUUAUGCCGAGAAGGCACUCAGGGCUGUGGCUGUCUUUGUCGCAAAGGGAGGAGCGAACGCGGGCCUCGAUGCGGACAGCAAGCAGGCUCUCAAGGCUCUCCAGGGCGAAAUGAGCGAGGAUGGGAAGGGGAUGUGGGAUUGGAAGAGGCUGAACUUGGAUCAGGAGGAGUGGGAGCGAUUCGUUGAGGGCGUCGAGAGGAUGGCGGCGUAAAGGCGCACGCUGGCCCUGACUCACGUCUCGCAACUACCAUGCUACCCGACUGUACAGUAGUGUUCUCCAUCAUAGACAUCUGUCGACCUCUAAUCGCUAUCCCCGAAGCCAACUUGGCGCCGCCCAACUCCUGCUCUUCUUCCCUUUGUUGGCUUGGCUCACUUGAUCC